AUGAGCAAUUCAAAUUUUAUUUCUCCAUUAUUAGAAAAACAGCUUAAUGCAAAUUAUCAAGACAAGAAUUACAUAAAGCCGUGCAAUAAUUUAAGUGCUGUAGAAAAACGUGUGAAAAUAGACCAAAAUAAUUCUAUAAAUAAUUGUUCAAACAAAACUAUUCGUUUAAAAAAUAAAUAUAAUUCUAGCUUAAAAAAACCUUUUAUUAAUAUUGAAAAUAAAGAUCCAGAAGAAAAGGAAUUAAUAUCAUCAUCUGAAGAAAAACAUUAUAAUGUUUUAUGGAGAAAACAAACAACUAAAAAAAAUAAGACAUGGAAGGGAGAUGGAAUCUUGUCUGUUUCUAGAAAUAUGUACUAUCUUAAAGAUCUUGAAGGAAAUAGUCUAGGAAAUUGUCGUUGUAAUUCAGCAUCAUUAUUAAUAGGAGAUCAAUUAAUUGUAGGAGACAAGGAAGUUGAAAUUAAUAGUAUAUUAACUAAAGACUAUUUAUGUGAAAAACCAUCUAUCCAGAUAUUAAAGAAACAAAAAAUUAGUACAUCGACGUACUCUGUGCCUAUAAAGAAAUUUAAAACACCUCUUUUAUCUUCAGAUGGAACCCGAACUUUUAAAUUACCACUAGCACGACAUGAUCCCAAUGAAGAAGGUGCAUUAGUAUUACCAAGACCUCAAAUAAAAAAUUGUGAAGAGAAAAAUAUUCGAAUAAUAGAUGUAGUUGUUGAUCCAAUGUUAUCUAAACAUCUUCGACCUCAUCAGCGUGAAGGUGUUAAAUUUCUUUAUGAAUGUGUGAUGAAAAUGAGAGAAUUUGAGGGUCAGGGUGCUAUUUUGGCAGAUGAAAUGGGUCUCGGAAAAUCUCUUCAGAUUAUUGCACUCCUUUGGACUUUAUUAAAACAAAAUCCAUAUUACGGAAAAGAACCAAUUAUUAAACGCGCAUUAAUAGUCUGUCCAGUUACUCUUAUUAAUAAUUGGAAACGAGAAUUUCGAAAAUGGAUAGGUGGAAGUGAAAAAAUUGGAUUAUUUGUCGUUGAUUCAAAUAUUAAUAUUAAAAGUUUUUCAGUUGGAAAUGUUUAUUCAAUAAUGAUAAUUGGUUAUGAAAGAUUGAGAAAUGUAUGUGAUGAACUAAAAGAUGCAAAUAUAGAUAUUGUUAUAUGUGAUGAAGGUCAUCGUCUCAAAUCUGCUUCAAAUAAAUCAGCACAAGCUAUCAAAUCUCUUAAAACUCGUAGAAGAAUCAUUUUAAGUGGAACUCCUAUUCAAAAUGGUAGGUAUAAUUAUUUCUAUCGGAUUUACAUUAAAUUGUCUUUAUAUUUGAGUGAAUUUUAUGUAAUGGUAGACUUUGUAAAUCCAGGUUUAUUAGAAAACUACUCUACAUUUAAAAGAGAAUUUGAAAAUCCAAUCAUUAGAAGUAGACAAAUAGGAUGUAUGAAAAAAGAUGAAGAAAAAGGAAGAAUCCGUACCGAACAACUUUCAUCUUUAACAAAAAUGUUUGUUCUUCGAAGAACUUCUAAAAUUCUUAAUGAAUAUCUUCCUCCUACAGUUGAAUAUAUAGUAUUUUGCAAACCAACAUCAUUGCAAGUAGACAUAUACCGCAAAUUAAUAGACGUAUCAAUGUUAAAUUUAAGCUCGUAUAAUGUUGAUAUGACAGUUCAUUUACAGGCUUUAACUUACCUGAAAAAAAUUUGCAAUUCUCCAGCACUUCUAUUUCAAAAAAGAAAUGAUGAAUUCGAUAUGUUUUAUACAAAUAUUAAACACAAAUUUUCAUCAGAUCUUUCGAAGAAAUCAGGAAAGCUUUUAGUUUUUGAUAAAUUUCUAGAAGAAUUAAAGACUACCGAAGAAAAAGUUGUUAUUGUUUCACAUUAUACUCAGACCCUUCAGAUUUUAGAAAAUAUACUAAUUUUAAAAUCUUUGUCAUACCUUCGUCUUGACGGACAGACUGCUAAUGCAAAAAGACAAGAAUAUGUAGAUAAAUUCAAUACAUCUGAUUCCAGUGAAAUAUUUGCAUUCCUAUUAUCAGCAAAGUCAGGAGGAUAUGGACUUAAUCUAAUUGGAGCAUCUAGAUUAGUUUUAUUUGACAUAGAUUGGAACCCUAGCUUGGAUAUUCAAGCUAUGGCUCGUAUACGUCGUGAUGGCCAGCAAAAAAAAACGUUUGUAUAUCGGUUUCUUACAUCAGGGAUGAUUGAUGAAAAAAUAUAUCAAAGACAGAUAACAAAACAAGCUCUUUCUGAUACAUUUAUAGAUUCCAAAAUAACGUCAAAAAGAGAUUCUUUUACACAAGAAGAAUUAAAAUCGCUUUUUUUUUAUCAAGAUACAUCUUGUCAAACUCAUGAACUUUUGGGCUGCAGGUGCCAGGGCGAUGGAUCAAAUAUCAAAAAUAUUAACCAUGGGGAAAUGUUUGAUGAAAAAAUUGAUUUAGGCGGUUGGGUAAAAUCAAGUCAAAUACUAGAACCUGAAGCAAUAACGCCAAAUUAUUUAAAAAAAAAAUAUCUUUAUAGCAUUAAUGAAUAUUCACAUAUUGAAAUAUCAAAAAAUAAUGAUUAUUAUAAUAUAGAUGAUACUGUAUUACAAAGAAUAUUACAAGAAAAUGAUGAAAUAGAUAAAGGCUGUAUAUCUUAUAUAUUUGAAAAAAUAGAAUCAGUAUAA